AUGUUGAGAUGCCUUCUUAGGCAGCUGGUCGAGGCUCUGCCUAUGAUUCCUACGUCUAUCUAUUAUUUCUAUGAGAGGUUGGAUGCCAACAGAGGGCCACUUCCCCAGCAUGAGUGCGAACGAUUCAUCACCGAGCUGGCAAGCGAUUUAGACGGUUGCUUUCUGGUCUUCGAUGCUCUCGACGAAGAAAUUGACCAACAUGGUACACUACAAUCUGUUGGAGACGACUUUGCGAAGAGACUGCUGGAUACAUUGCCAGAGCGAGCCGAUGGGAUGUUUCUACUUGCUGUCCUUCAGCUUCGCACCAUACUUCGGGAGCCAACACUCGGCGAAAUGGAGGAUGCCUUGGAGAGCUUGUCUCACGACCUGACCGAAGCCUUCAAGGAUACCGUACUACGAAUCAAAACUUUGCCAAAGAGCCGCUGUCGCCUCGGGAUGGACGCCUUGAUGUGGGUCAGUCACGCCAAGCGGCCAUUGACUUUGGAAGAACUGCUUGAUGUGUUGGUCGUUCGGCCCGGCCUUGCGAGAGUAAACGCCAAAUACCGGCCGAGUCUAAUAACAGUCUUGGACUGCUGUCAGGGGCUCCUAGUCAUGGAUCAGGAGACCCGUGUCAUCCGCCCGGCUCACUAUGCUAUCCAAGAAUAUCUUCAUAGCAGCAGUACCAGGAAAUUUCCAACAGCUCUGAGCCAAAUGGCUUGUAUCUGUCCUGGGUACUUGUCAUUUAAUGAUUUCCGCGAUGGUCCGUGGGACGACAAAAAAGACAUAGACGAUCACAUAUCCUCAUGGAGGUUCCUGGAAUACGCGUCUCUAUACUGGGGUAAGCACGUGAAAGCACAAGACAGCAACCCACAAGUCAUGUCGAGCCUAGACAACUUCUUCAGCUCUUCGUUUGCGCCUUCUGUGGCCAUCCAGGUGGUCCGGCGCCUCGCAGGCUACCGAGAAGUCUACUGGGACCCCGAGGAGUGUCGAAGCUUCACUCCGCUGCACCACGCGGCUCGCAGCGGACUUGCAUCACGUGUCAACUCGAUACUAAGCUCUGGCCUCUACAAUGUCAACAUCUGUACUAAGAUGGGGACGACAGCCAUCAUCCAGGCGGCGGCCGAGGACCAUACCUCGGUCGUGCGAACCCUUCUGCAACACGGAGCAGAUCCGUUAUUAGAAAACUGGUACGGGAAUGCCUUACACCGCGCCAUCGGAGCCGGCUCACUGGGCGCUAUUCAUGAACUGCUCGCUUGGGGAAUGGACUUGGAUGAUCCCCGAUACAUAAUCAGCACGAUGGAUAACGACCAAGCAGACGCCUUUGGAGCACUGGUCGAUUUGGGCGCCCGAGAGGACAGCUACCUUCGCGGAGAAGACCAAGAAGACAGAAUUAACUUGUUCCACUACGCAGCUGCCCACGGUUGCGGAAGGAUUGUUGAAGUCAUCGUGCGAAAGGGGUCGUGGGACUUGCACUCUCGAGACGCCAGAGGCCGGACAGUGAUGCAUUACGCAGCCACAACGCUGGACCCUCAGGCUUUCAAGGCACUGGUUGAUGCUGGUGGCAGGGUGAAUUUGAUAGAUGACUUUGGGAAGGGGCCACUAGACUACGCCGUAGAACACUACAACGAGGCGUGGGUGGGCCUUCUCGAGGACGCUGCCGCCGUCCGCUUCUCAACCGAGAGCCCGGCCUGA